CUCUGCGAUGCGUGGAAGGCCAUGCGAUACUUCACAUUGAUUCUUUCCUUGUCGGCGCUCGCCGCUGCAAGCUCUAGCCUGGGCUCUAACUUUACGUCGACGGACUGUGCUUCGUCUUCAGGCUUCGACAAAUGCUUCUCGGCCGCUCAGAACAAAGCAACGAAAUGUAUCGACGACGGAGACGGGUCCGAUGCGAUCGACAUCGCUUGUACCUGUGUUAUGUGGCUGGAUGAAAUCAACUGUGCCGUAUCCAACUGCUGGAAUGAGGUCUAUUCCUGCCAAUACCAGGCCUUGAUUAUCCGGUACAUGACAUUCUGCCCGACAAGCCAGGACGGCUUUCCUUUCUUCCCAGCUCCCGACAACGCGCCGGGUGGCUGCUCCUGCAACAUUGGCCAAGUCUACUUGAACGCCGCAAAUAGCUAUACCGAGUCGACAAAAUGCUCGAGUCCCUCCUCGGUAGACGGGGAGAUUGCUUGCAUUUGCUGCAUGGAAGCGUCGGCUUAUUCCUCAAUUUACAAUAUUUGCCCGGACACCGACCCAUCCCUGAUCGGCCUAGGCACGAUAGAAACGCAACUUGAAGCCUUCGACCAGCCGUUCGAUCAGUGUGGCCCCUACCUGGAUCAAUAUGAUUGUAUCGCUGAUCUCGGCUACGCGCCAAUCGGAUCCCCGACUUCGACUUUGGUAAACCCAACCAACAUGCCGGCCAACGGGACACAGACUCUCUAUACCACGGGCGCGCAGAUCACAACACCGCUGAGUGGCAGUGUGGUGACCUGGAGUCACGCAAGCUCCGAGUUUACCGCGACAAUGGCAAAUCUGGACGCGGAACGCACAGCGGACGGGAGCACGACGACGACGGGGGCAAGUACGGCCGGCUCCUCGACAUCAUCAGCGACCGGAGCGUCAAGUACAGGAGGAGCGAGCCAGGUACGUGAUGCUCUUGGAUGGCACAGAUGGGGUCUUCUCAUGCUAGGCGCUUUCGUCUGUGAGAUGCUUCUGUAA